UUCCCUCCACAUAAACAUUGCGGCUCCUUGCUCUCAUAACAACACUGCUACGCUCACACACUCAGACAGAUUAUUACUGUGCCCUAGUGUCCUGUAGGAGCCCAGGACGACAUGUGACUCCUUCUGCAGUACACGUAGCCUCCAGGGGCAGCCAUGGCGUCUGAAAUAGAGACAUACAUCGCCCAAAACUGUGUGUGGGAGAAACUUCCUCUCUCCGUCAGACAGCUGCUGGGGAACUCACAGAAGGAGUAUGAGAAGCAGGUGGCAGAGUACAGCAUCAAGACGCAGCAGAGGUUCAGGGGAAACUUGGUACGACAAUUUGUGAAGAAUGAGAGAGCUUACUACGAGGACCUGCUCUCCUAUAGCCGGGCGCACCUCAUGAUGUACCCCUACCACCUGUCUGACGUGGUGGUGAAGGGUCUCCGGGUGACGCCCUUCCAGUACUACAUCUCCAUCCUCACAGAGAUCAUGACGGCCGAGAAAAGCUACGACUCCCUGCCUAAUUUCACUGCCGCGGAUUGUCUGCGUCUCCUCGGCAUAGGUCGGAACCAGUACAUUGACCUCAUGAACCAGUGCAGGUCAAGCCGCAAGCUGUUUCGAAAGAAGAAUGUGAGGGACCUCCUGCCAGCCCUUCCCUCAGAAAUCACAGUGGAGUCCUGGUGGAUGGUGUGUGUGGGCUGCAUCACUGAGGACGACAUCAAGAGCUUGGUGAAGGAGAGGGAGAAGGUGGUGAUCGACUCCUUAAUUGAUGAGGGGUCGCAGAAGGCCGGUGACCUCGACAGGGAGUGUGUGCAUAGCUUAUAUGCGAAGGGGCUGGUGUACCUGGAUGUGCCAAUCAACGACACAGACCUCAUCUCUGUGCCGCCGCUGGAAGGCUUCGUCAUGAACAGGGUGCUUGGAGACUACCUGGAGAGCCUAAUGUACAAGAUCUUUGUCUCCAUCGAUGAACACACUCAUGUCUGUGAGCUGGCUAAGAUGCUGGAGAUCGACCUGUCUCUCGUUAAAGUGGCCAUCUCCCUCUUCUGUCGCCUCGGAUUUGCCCACAAGAAGAAUGCCGAGACCUCCACACUUGAGAUGCAUCCGUCAUGGGAGGCUGCCACCACCUCCCUCAACUCCAGGAAGAACAUGCCAGCAUCCACCACAGCAGAUGACCUCCUCCUUCUCGAGCUGGAGUCUGCACUUGCCGAGACCACGCCGGGGGAGGGAGGCAUGGAGGACCCAGGCCAGACCACCCCUCACACCCCCAUAGACGAUCCCUUGGCUUCAGGAUUCUCGUUUCCCGGCCAGAACAAAAGGAUUGCGUUCCUCUAUGACUCAACGCUAACAGCCUUUCUUAUGAUGGGGAACUUGUCGCAGGGUCUCAAGAGUCAUGCAGUCACCAUGUUUGAGGUGGGCAAGAUGCUGGAUGAGGGGCUGGACUCUCUCAUCUCAGAGCUGGACAAGAUACAGAGGUCAGACUCCGAGGGUGAGGCACAGAGGUACUUUGAACACGCCCUCACCCUGCGCACCUCAGUUACCUUCCUGCGUCACAACCGGGAGCUGUGUCCGCCCUCCCAGGACCUGCCGCCAGCCCUCGAUCUGAUCCGCUGGGAGAGUCUGAGCAACCUGGACCCCGCCACCACUGCCAGGCUACUCAAAAAGAAUUACCAGUUCCUGGUGUCCAUGGCCCCACUCAGCUACGAGAUCUCAGCCAUUGAGGGAGAAACGCCACCACAUUUUGGCCCAGCAGUCCCUGAGGUCAACUCCACCUGGUUCAAGCUGUACAUCUACCACAUCACCGGGUCAGGGCCUCCCUCGCUGCUGCUGCCCCAGGGGGAGCGUCUGCGGCGACUACCCGAGUGCCUGGUGGGGUAUGAGAAGGUGCUGGUGACGCCCUGGGGACACGACCCGACUGUGGUGCCCCUCGCUGCCCUCUUUACCACCGUUAAUGAGGCUCUUAUGCACUCUCCUGUCUUUAUUCAGGCGUAUGGAUGGUAUCAUGAUGUCUGUAUCCAGCACAUCCCCUUCCCUCUGGAGAACUCAAAGUUGGCGCAGCACCCCGCCGUACAGACCUUAGCUCGGCACCUCGACCUGGACCACACCUUUGGGUACAUCAAGCUGGUGGCCUUCCCCUUGGUCGACACCCCUGGGGCCUCCUCCCUCUCAGCCGCAGAGAUCACCACCGGGAUGCCACAGGGGACCCCAGCCACUGCCGCCCCUGCUAGGCCCCUCCUGGUACCAACGCCCCCCCAGGUGUCUGACGGGGAGGCUGGGGAGGAGGAUGGGGGUAGUGGCAGCCAGGCAUCACUUCCCCAGGUUGUGAGUUUCGAUGACGUGGCCAGUCUGUCGCUGGACGCUGCCCGGGCAGGCGAUGAGACCCACAGUGACCGAGGCUCCAUGACACUGCCCCUGGGAGGCUGGGCGGCAGUGGACCAGUGGCAUCUUCUGGAGUGUCACUUUGGCCUGCCACUCUUCGACGCCACACUGAACCAGCAGGUGUCCCGCAAGAUUACCACACACCACCUCUUCAGCCCAGAGAGCGUUGAGAAGUUCAACGAAUCAAACAAGCAUCUGGUGAGUCGCCUUCGGGAGUUUAUCAGCAACAACAAGGCACAGGGGGUGAAUCCAGAGGUGCGCAAGUGUGGCGGAUGCAGGGAGGGCGUCUCUAACCUCCCUCUGCCCACCACACCACUGCUCUUCUCAGGCGGGUCACUGGCGCCGUGGGAGGGGUCCUGAUGCCUUCACCCGCACCCCCAUGAUGCCCCAAAUGCUGCCCACCCCUUCUGAGGGAGCCGGGAGGUGCGCUGAAGGGGAUAAUUGAGUCCCGUCCGUCAGAAAAGUGAAUAUGAGAGUGAGCAAGAGAGAGGUGGAGUGUUGUUGGUAGUGCAGUUUGUUUUGAUUUCUGUAUUGAGAGGUGUUGAGGUGUUGAGAGAGGAAUGGGCACAAUCAAAUGUAUUCUUUUUGUGUGUGUGUGUGUGUGUGUGUGUGUGUGUGCACCAUCCAUGUGUAUAGAAGAGUCCUGUGGUGGUGUGUUUCUGGUCGUCAUGGUGUGUGUUACAUGCAUGAAGCUCAGGAGCCUUAUGGAAAUGUAUGCAAGGGAUUUAACCUCACACACACACACACACACACACACACACACAUACAUUCUUCACAAAACACAUCAUGCAGUCUAUACACUCAAAAAAAUAAAAUAAAUAAAUAAAAACACACCUCAGUCUAAACAGGUGUAAAUAUUUUGAACACAUUACAGAAAACUAACACAAACACACACAGAUGAACAAGUGGCGGGAACUCAAGGAGGGUGAGUGAGUCAGCAAGAGUGAGUGAGGUUAGGAGAGAGAAAGAGAGAGAGAGAGAGAGAGGAGGGAUGGCUCUCUUAAAAUGUCUUUUGCAUUGAUAACUUCCUGUAUGAUGAGGCAGAGGAACACUGAAGAAAGAAGAUCAGUGGAAGGGGGCAGAGAAGACCUGGAGAUAGUGAGACCAUCAGAAGCAUUAAGACAGAGUGUGCAGAGAACAUGACAUGAACGAACACCAGAGAAAUCGUGUGUAUGAAUGUGGGAAAGAGGAAUUUUGGAGAUGAAGUUAGAAGAACAGUGGAAGGAGCAAGACCUGGAGAUGGUGUGUGGAGGAAGUGGCAAGGAUGAAAAGAAGAGAAUCACAGAAAAGAUUGUGUGUGAUUAAAUGUGGCACAGACUUUAAACACUAACAAGCAGAGGAGUGUUGGAGUUAGAGGAAGAAGAGCAGUUGAAGGAGCAAGACCUGGAGAUGGUGUGUGGAGGAUGUGGCAAGGAUAAGAAUGAGAGAAAUCAUCUAAACACACACACACACACACACACACACACACACACUGAAACAUAGAUACACGUUUCUUAUCAUACACCUCAUCCAUGCCCUUCUGUCUUGUCACUAAUGUACAAUGUUCUCCCUAUACUUGGGACAGACAUACUUAUUUGUCAUCGUAAACCUCAUCUUUAAUUUUGACACAGGGCCAUAAAUACAUAUUUUUAUCAUGCACCUCAUCUGUACCCUGCUGUCCUUUCACUAAUAUACAAUGCUUUUCCUAUACAUGGGAUAAACAUACAUAGUUCUCAUUGUAAAUCUCAUCUGUACCCUCCUAUCUCACUUCUCAUACACUGCAUUUUGCCACAGGACACAAAUAUACACUUAUGCACAUUAUCUGUACCCUCCUCUUCUUCAUGUAGGAUUGGCUGUGGUUUGGGACAACAAAAGGGGCCACAACAAAAGGGCCAGUGAGGUGCCAGUCCCAAAAGAGAACAGUCAGAUGGAUUACCCAAAGCUGGAGAAUAAAUUUAAUCUAAUCUUUCACUAAUGUACAAUGUUCUUACAGUUGGAUCCACACUACCAUCACCACACACCACCCUCCUUCCACCCUCAUGGCCCUCACACUCACUCAUCCAUCACACACUCAUCCAUCCUUCACCUCACACACUCAUUCAUCCCUUUCUUCACACACCCACUCACUCAUCCCAUUCUCCACCUCGCUGUCAACACAUCUCGGACGCCUCACAAGCCUCACUCACUUGGGGGUCACCUGAUCUUCCUUGCAGUACAGUAUUACAUUUGAGCCUCAGUACACAGCCUUCGUUAAACUGCAACCCAACGUUAUGCUGGUGGGAAGUAUGUGAGAGAGGUGGGAUGGUAUGGACUUGAUUUGAAGAAGAAAUAAUUGAUUGACUGAUUGAUUUAAGCCAAAGGAGUUUACGUAAAAGGACUUGAUUUGAAGAAGAAAUAACUGAUUGACUGAUUGAUUUAAGCCACAGGAGUUUACGUAAAAGGACUUGAUUUGAAGAAGAAAUAACUGAUUGACUGAUUGAUUUAAGCCACAGGAGUUUACGUAAAAGGACUUGAUUUGAAGAAGAAAUAACUGAUUGACUGACUGAUUUAAGCCACAGUAGUUUACGUAAAAGAACUUGAUUUGAAGAAGAGAUAAACAGAUUGACUGAUUGACUGAUUGAUUUAAGUCACAGGAGCAGGAUAGAAAAGAAAGCAAGAAAAGGUGGGAGAGUUCCAAUCCAAUCAUCCUCUUCUGUUUAUAAGUUUACAUUACAAGAUUUGGUUUGGGUGAGAGAUAAAGGGAUCAGACGGAUGGAAACUGAUUAGCAAGGGCUCCAAGAAGAGAAACCGAUUGAAUUACUGAUUGAAAGUUGCCACAGAAGCAAGAACUUAUGGCACUGUUGCAAAGAGAGAGUAACAACAAAUCUCUCCUUGUGUCUGUGAUAAAUGGCAGGGACUGAGACUGAAACCCCCUUCCCCCCACCCCCCAAGACCUGCCAAGUGAGUGAGUGCUUUUGCUGCCACGUCAAGAGGGGAACCACUGACGGGGCGCUGGUGACAAGACUUUUGCUUGUGGUUUACGGGUGACCUUGUGAUGAGUGGCCCAAGUGCUGUUGCAGAAAAGGGAGUGUUUGUUUGUGUGUGUGUGUGUGGUUGUAGAAGAUUAGUUUGUGUGAUUGCAAAGAAAAGAAAGUGUUUAUGUAUGAUUUGAGAAAAUGUUAAAAUUGUUAAUGUGGUGAUGUCAGAAGCAAGUGUGAGGUUAUGUAUGGUCGCGAUGUAUUAGGUAAAUGUUUGUGAGGCGGCGGCAGGGGAAAAUUAAAUGCUGAUGUCAGGGAAAUCAGCAGCAAGUGUGAAUCAUCUCCUUAGCUACAGAAUCAAAGCAUUUAUGGCAACUCAAGGUGUACGAAGGGAGCGUUUGUGGGAAACCAGAAGCGGAGAAGUGGAUGAAGAAAUGAUACUUGCGACAGGAAGGAAGUGUCUGAGGAAAAACAGAGAAGGAAGUGAUAAUCAUGACGAGUAAAGGUAUUUGCAGAAGAUCAAGAUGUAGAAAUGAAGAAAGGAGUGAUCAUUGAGGCUGUGUAGGGAAGGAAAGCACCUAAUCCUGGCAAAUCAAGAUGCCUGCAGAAAAAAAUACUAAGGCCUGGGAUUGAAAGUGUUAGUGGAGCCUUACAAUAGAGGGAGGGAUAUUAAGUGAUGUUUAUGACCGAGAAUCAUGUGUUUUUGACGCUAAUGGUACAGAAAGACAUUUAUAUAUUGAUGCAGUGUUUGUUGAUGCUUAUAACCAAAAGAAAAGUGUUUAUUGAUGUUAAUGUCACAGGAAGAAGUGUUUAUUAAUGCUGGCUGUAUAGGAAGUCAUUGUUUAUUGAUGUUGGUGAUACAGAAGCAGGUCUUUCUGUCCCAAGCAGUGUAGAGCACAGGGAAGAGUUGCAACAUUCCAGGAUGGGCUGAGAUGUGUCUAUGCAGUACUGGUGUCAAAAAUAUAAACCAAGAACCUGGAGCUGUCGUGAAAAUAGUAGUCAAUUGAAUAGUUGUAGCAUUAGUAGUAAUAGCAGUUGGAAGUAAGAUGCAAGUUGUGAAUCCUAAUAGUAGUAGUAGUAGUGGUAGUAGUGGUUAGGAGAAGCAGCACAAGUAAUGGUAGUAAUGGCAGUAAUAGUAACCGGUAGUCAUUGUAAUGUAGGAAAUCAUAAUAGUCUGGCCACUGCAGCCUACCCGAUGAAAACUGAGCGAAUGGUUCUCGUCUGAGGGAGAAUCAGAACACAAAACUUCAACACUAACCCCCACCCCCCAUCCCCCAUAACUCACGUAUAUCUGUGUGUACAUACGUAUCACCCCCAGCCCCCCUCACCAGUUACGAGGGGACACGAAUGAUGUUUUUCCAGUCAGUAUAUAUUUUCUCAUCUGUGAUAACUUACGUGGGAUUAAAAAACAAGACAUGGGACUUUGAGGGAGCUGAAUGAUUUGGUAUUGUUCAGUGUAUCAAAUCGUCUACGUGUACGCUGUUUUUUAAUCUGUCGUUUAGGUUUAGGAUGUGAUGGAGAGCCGCGUCAAGGGCCAUCUCUCUCUCCAAGGCCCCGAGACUGUAGUGGCCAGGAUUAGUAUGGUUGCACUGUAGUAUUUUCAAUAUUAGUAGUAGUAGUAGUUGUUGAAGUAAUAGUAAGAGUAAUGUUAGUAGUGUAGUAGUAGUAGUAGUAGUUGGAGGAGUAAGAGUAUUGAUAGUAGUAAUAGUAGUUGUUGGAGGUGUAUGAUAUAUGAUAGUAAUAUAAUAGUAGUUGUUGUAGUAGUAGUAAGAGUAAGGGUAACAUCAGCAGCAGUAGUAGUAGUAGUAGUAGUAGUAGUAGUAGUAGUAGCUGCCACAUCUCAAACAGUAGGUUAACACACAAUAUUGCUAAACAUAUCACAUUUCACCACCACUGACACAGACAAUCACCUCUAACUCACCACUCACCCUCACCACCACCACUACCACCACCACCACCAGCCCUCUACCUCCCUCUUUCCUGCAGUCAGCCACUUCUCUUUUCAAGGCGUUACUGAGAUCUGAGGGGCAACACAGCACUGGGGAUUUUAUGAUGCUGUAAUUUCUCUUCGCAUAAUUCUUCCAGUGGUUUCAUCUAUUUCUAUACGUUUUUGAAGGCCAAGUGGCAAUAAAGUGCUAUGGAUUCUGUUGCUGUGAUUUCUCUUUUGUUUACGACUCUUUUUUCUAAUUAAUUUCGCUUUGUAUUCUUCCCAGCCAGUUUGCAGCGUUUAGUUUAGGGUCCUUCUUGUGAACCUGACUGUAAUUCUGUGAUGCCUUUAAACAUUUUGUGAUUCAGUAUUGACGGAUUGGUGUUUUCACUUUUUCAUGCUCGUCACUUUCAGACGUCUUGCAUUGCUGCCUCGUUUGGUGAUUCAGUAUUGAUAGAUUGGCGCCUGUACUUUCUCACACUUUCACGUUCAUCAGCACACAUCUGUACAUAUCACAGCACAGCCCACUCACCACUCGCCAGAUGCCAGCACAGCGCCACUCAUGCACAGCGCGACCACUUACACAGCCAGCAGCAUCCAUGUCAUCCACUGCCCUCUGCCCCUCCACCUUUCCACCAAUCCACGUCCAAGGCUUCUAUCCACAAAAUAGUUAACGCGUCCAUGUUUAUUGAACUCUUGAAUUUCACACACAACUUUCACUCAGCCAUUUUUCCCCCAUGAGUGUUCCCCUAUAGCAAUUUGCUUGUGGUUGCGUAGCUUAGGUUAGGCUAGGUUAGGUUUAGUUAGGUUUGGUUAGAUUUGGUUAGGUUAGGUUAGGCUAGCUUAGGUUAGGUUAGGUUAGGUUACGUUAGGUGAGCUUAGGUUAAGUUAGAUCCCAGUUUUCUAGCAUGGGGAUGUUAUCAUGGUGGAAUCAGAGUGAAUGCAUCCUUCCAGUGUUUAUAGAAGUUGGAAUUACCCAUAUAUUUUCUCCCAUAAGCAUUUCUUCCAUAGUAAUUCCCCCUCGUUAGGUUAGGUUCAGUUUUUCAGCAUGGGGGGGAAUGUUUUAUUGGAGAAAUCUUCGUAGGUGGAAUUUGACUGUGUGGAAUGUACAUAGUGACUAAUGAUGGAGUGUUGUCGUUCUGAGUGACCAAGGGAGAGAUGCCCAAACAAGGGAACGACACCAAGUCUUCCAGGGGCGAGGCGGUGACGGGGAGUGACUGGCUGAUGGCUGACGGGGGGAGGAACACCGGGGCAACCUUGCGUGUCACUGUGCCAAAGGGUAUUAUCGUAUAUUGUCAACAUAUUACUGUACAGGGUUUGUUGUGACUCUGUUGAUUUGUUUGUUGUUUGUGUUUAUUUGAAGCCAAUGUAUCAUCACAAGCUUAUAUUCAUGAUUUUUUUUUUUUCCCCCAUUCUCAUUUGUUUUAAGCCACUGUAGAAUGGGCUUUUAUUUAUCGUAGUUUAGUUUCUCUCAAGCCACAGCAGUAUAUAUCUUUGUGUCUCAGCGAAAGGUUAUGUUAGUCAGCUGUACUGUGCUUGUUAUGCUGCUAAAGCUUUCCUAUCUAUGAUUUAAUAGAUUCCUGCUACCUUUAUUUAUGCAUUUCCGAGGCCGUCAUUGAAGCUUCAGGGCGUGUGUGUGUAACUUACAAGUCCCAAGAGAACUGGUCAAGACACUCUGUGAAUAUUAUGAUGUGAAAUUACUUAGGUUCCAAGAUGUGUGUGUAACUUUCAAAACAGAGAGAGAGAAUUAGUCACAGUAGGGAUGGGAAUAUGAAAUAAUUUAAGUUUCAAGAUGUGUGUAACUUUCAAAACAGAGAGAGAAUUGGUCAAGACAGUGUAGAGAUGGGAAUGUGAAAUAAUUUAAGUUUCAAGAUAUGUGUAACUUUCAAGGAACAAAGAGAAAGAAUUGUCAAAACACUGUGAAUAUUAGGUGAAUUGAUUUAAGCACCAAGAUGUGUGUAACUUUCAAAACUAAGAGAGAAUUAGUCAAAACAUGGUGUAGGAAUGGAAGCAUGAAAUAAUUUAUGUACCAAGAUGUGUGUAACUUUCAAAACAAAGAGAGAAUUAGUCAAAACACAGUGUAGGAAUGGAAACAUGAAAUAAUUUACGUACCAAGGUGUGUGUAACUUUUAAAACUCAAGAGAAUUAGUCAAGAGACAGAAUGAAUAUUACAACACAAAAUAAUUCAAGUUUCCAUGUGUGUGUGUGUGUGUGUGUGUGUGUGUGUGUGUGUGUGUGUGUGUGUGUGUGUGUGUAACUUUCAAAACCCUGAGAUAAUUGGUGAAGACUGUGUGAAUAUGGGAACAUGAAGUGAAAGAUGGUGCUUUUAGCCUUACACUAGAGCAAGCCAUGCCUUACUGUACUUCCUUGCCCAUCAUUAGCACAUCCGGCCUCACACGACACACACUAUGUUCGUACGUUUUGCACUAAGCGAUUAUAUAGUAACCUGUAGUGGAAUAAGUUGUCUGAGCAAAUAUAUCUUCUUUAUUUAUAAGUCAAAUAUUACACAGAGCAGAGUGUACAUAAAGAGAUACAGAGUUAGUCAGGGAAGGCUUAGGGGACUAUGGGUGGGGGCUGGGUGAGGGGCAGGAGGGACUAGAGUCAUGGGGAGAGAGUACUAGAGAAAAUGUAAAUAGGAGAUGGAGAUCAAGAUAACGGCAAAUUGAUAAAGAGAAUAUAGGAACAGUGGAGAUAGGUAAAAAAAAUAAAUAAAUAAAAAUAAAAGACUGGGAGAUAUGAUAGAUAGAAGUAGAAGAUAGGUGUAGAGAACAAGUAAUAAAGAAGUAAAGAAAAGAAAGCAGGUAAUUAGAGGAACCUGAUUGUGGAAGGGGAGGGUUUAGUCAAAGGAGGAGAGACAGAAGGGAGGAGUUUGAUGGCUAAGAAAGAGAAUGAUAAUAAGAGGAAGUGGGUGAGGAUUUGUAGAGAAGAGUGGACUGAAGAAGAGGGUAUAGAUGAAUAAUAGAAAGUAGUGAAGCAAAGAUAGAUACAGACAGACACUCUAGACAAGCCCUUGGAAGAUUUGAUAGAUAGUAGAGAUAGAAAUACAGUAAAGAAGAGGGAAAAAUGAACAAAUUUAUAAAGCAGGUAAACUAGAAAAAUCUUUGUGGAUAGAUGGAUAGAUGGAUAAAUUAGAAACCUUUUGGGACAUGGAUAGAAGGAUGGAUAAAGAGAAACAAAGUAGAAAAAGAGUAGGUAGAAUAGAAAAAUAGGGACAGAGAUAAAUACUCGGGUAGAUGAAUAAGAUAGAAAUGGAGAAAGUGCUUUAAGAUAUUAACAGAAGGUGCAAUAGGAGGGUAAACAUAUAAACACACCCAUUAGCCAUUAGUCCCUCCUAAACUCUUGUAGCUGGAGUCAUAGCAAGUCAGUACUGGCAGCUCAAACAACCGCCCCCUCCCCUCCCCCAUCCUGAGGAAUCCCAUGACUGGUUGACGUGUGGGAGCGAGAGGGAGUGAGCGAGUGUGUUGAAGGAGGGAAGAGAAAGAUAGAGUGGUUUGUUAAAGCUAGCACUUAGACCACCUGUGCAUCUGGCUACAAGGGCAGGUAUUAGUUGGUGUGUGUACAUAGGAAGGGGUUUAGAUGAACACAGAUUGUGAUAAGUGGAAGGAAGAAUAUGAGGAAACUGGUGAUUCAUUUAAAGGUGCUGUAAAUAUUGGAGGGUAUGGGGUGAAAGAUGUCAGGUUAUGGAAGAAAUAUUAGUAGGAAGAUAUUUUGGUUUAAGAAAUUAGAAAGAUAGAAAUAUUUAAAAGGGAGACAGUGGAAAAUAAUAGUUUGGGAGAUGGAAUGAAAUUAAGCCAUUGUGUAGAUGGGAAAAGUGAAUGUGGAGGACAGAAUGGGAAAGAAAAAAAGGCAAAUUAGUAGUUAUAAAAAAAAAGUAAAUAAAAAGAUUGAAAUGAAAAAGAGGAGUUAGCACUUAUAGAAAGGAUAUGUGUGCUGAAGGACUUAAUUUUGAUAGCAUACACAAAAUAUAAGAUUGGGGAAGGUGGAGUGGAGUUAGUGAAAGAAUAGGGGGCAGGAAUGAAAGUGUAGUAUGGGGGGGAAGGUAGAAUCGAAUGAGGAACAUUUCAUGAAGGAAUGGGAGUAAAAGUAGAAAAUCCUCUUGAAAUUGUUUGGAAAAUGGAACAGAAAGAGUAGUUUGUGAAAGAACGGGCAAAGAAAUCGAAUGUCAUUAGUUUAAGGCUGACCAAAAAGAGGAAUAGUUUAUGAAAGAAUGGGCGUAGUAAUAGGAGCCUCAUUAAUAGCCUAGAGGUGGAAUUUAAAAGUUUAUCAGAGAAAGAAUAGAGUUGCAAGGUCCUCAUCUGACACUCGUACAGACACACCACCGUAUCCAUGUGUGUGUCAGAGUUGAGUGUGGUGCCAAGAUUGGAGUGUUGGCUUGCCUCACGGGAAGACGAGGCAGGCAGGGAGGCAGGGUGUGUACCAGGCAGGCAGGGAAGCAGGGUGUAUACCAGGCAGGGAACAAACUUUUCCAUCAAGACCAAAGUGAACAAAAUAUUGAAUAAUUGUCAUACAUUUUGUUACCACCAUGUACUAUAUCAGUUCGUCCUUUCCUUCCUCCCUUCAUUCCGGGAGUAACGAGUCAUCUGUACUGUUACAACUCACAUUCCAUAAAAUAUAUGAUCAUUA